GCUGUUCCCCGUCGGCCAUGGUCACCCAGGAGACCGGCCAAAUUGUACAUCGACCAGAAGGUUGUUUCAUGGCAGCCACGAAGAAAGCAGUUUUGGGGCCGUUGGUGGGGGCAGUGGACCAGGGUACCAGCUCGACACGUUUUUUGGUUUUUAAUUCAAAAACAGCUGAACUUCUAAGUCAUCAUCAAGUGGAAAUAAAACAGGAAUUCCCAAGAGAAGGAUGGGUAGAACAAGACCCAAAGGAAAUUCUUCAAUCUGUCUAUGAGUGUAUAGAGAAAACAUGCGAGAAACUUGGACAGCUCAAUAUCGAUAUUUCCAACAUAAAAGCUAUUGGUGUUAGCAACCAGAGGGAAACCACCGUGGUCUGGGUCAAGUUAACUGGAGAGCCUCUCUACAAUGCUGUAGUGUGGCUUGAUCUAAGAACCCAGUCUACUGUUGAGAAUCUUAGUAAAAGAAUUCCAGGAAAUAAUAACUUUGUCAAGUCCAAGACAGGACUUCCACUCAGCACUUACUUCAGUGCAGUGAAACUUCGUUGGCUCCUUGACAAUGUGAAAAAAGUUCAAAAGGCUGUUGAAGAAAAUAGAGCUCUUUUUGGGACCAUUGAUUCAUGGCUUAUUUGGAGUCUGACAGGAGGAGUCAAUGGAGGUGUCCACUGUACUGAUGUAACGAAUGCAAGUAGGACAAUGCUUUUCAACAUCCAUUCUUUAGAAUGGGAUAAAGAGCUUUGUGAAUUUUUUGGAAUUCCAAUGGAAAUUCUUCCCAAUGUCUGGAGUUCUUCUGAGAUCUAUGGCUUAAUGAAAGCUGGGACCUUGGAAGGUGUGCCAAUAUCUGGGUGUUUGGGAGACCAAUCUGCUGCUUUGGUAGGACAAAUGUGCUUCCAGGAUGGGCAUGCCAAAAACACGUAUGGAACAGGAUGUUUCUUGUUAUGUAACACAGGCCAUAAGUGUGUAUUUUCUGAUCACGGCCUUCUGACCACUGUGGCUUACAAACUUGGCAGGGACAAACCAGUUUAUUAUGCACUGGAAGGUUCUGUAGCUAUCGCUGGUGCUGCUAUUCACUGGUUAAGAGACAAUCUUGGAAUCAUUAAGAGCUCAGAGGAAAUUGAAAAAGUUGCUAAAGAAGUUGGUACUUCUUAUGGCUGCUACUUUGUCCCAGCAUUUUCAGGAUUAUAUGCACCUUACUGGGAACCCAGUGCAAGAGGGAUAAUCUGUGGACUCACCCAGUUCACCAAUAAAUGUCACAUUGCUUUUGCUGCCUUAGAAGCUGUUUGUUUUCAAACCCAAGAGAUUUUGGAUGCCAUGAAUAGUGACUAUGGAAUUCCACUGAGUCAUCUGCAGGUAGAUGGAGGCAUGACCAGCAACAAAAUUCUUAUGCAGCUACAGGCAGAUAUUCUGUAUAUUCCAGUAGUGAAGCCCUCUAUGCCUGAAACAACUGCUCUGGGAGCCGCCAUGGCAGCCGGGGCUGCAGAAGGAGUUGGCGUUUGGAGUCUCGAACCUGAGGAUUUGUCAGCUGUCACGAUGGAGUGGUUUGAACCACAGAUCAGUGCGGAGGAAAGUGAAAUUCGUUACUCUACAUGGAAGAAAGCUGUGAUGAAGUCAAUCGGCUGGGUUACAACUCAAUCUCCAGAAAGUGGUAUCCCAUAAAUAAGGCCAUCUCCUGUAUUCCCAAGAUGCAAGCUUUUUACCUAAUGAGAGAAUCCAACAAUGCUGUCUCUUGAUAUGAUGACACUAUUUACAGACUCUGAUUUUAUUUAUAAGCCACUUGCUGCAUGAUUCUCCAAGUAGACCUGUGGCUUGAAAUAAAAUGCAGCAGAACAAAUGCCACAGAAACAUUCAGUGUGUUUUUUAACAUUGACAACGAAGUUGGACCAGCCAUCUUUGCGGCUGACUCCUCCAUGGUAAUAAUGUCCUAUUUACUCCCUGUAAGAUCAAGGAAGAAUUCAUAUCCUGUCCAUUGGAAUCUUUCGUCAAAUGUGUUCAGAUGCUAAGGGACGAGGAUUUAAUUCUCUGCACUACACAUGCAUGAUGAAGGGAUUGUUACUAAUCUACUAGUGAUGAGUUGCUAUUUAUUUGUUUUUAACAGACUCCCACCCAAAGGCUCUUUUACAUAUUAGAAGAUCAGAACAUCCUCACUAAAUGUUUAGUUGGAAACUUCAAUCAAUUAUUAAGAUGAGAAUUUAGGUCAGGGGCACUGGUUGCUCACAUCUGUAAUCCCAACAACUCAGGAGUUUGAAAUCUGAGGAUCAAGGUUGGAAAUCAGUGGUCGCUGACAAAUCCAAAAUCAGUGACACUCUUAUCUCCAAUUAACCAGAAAAAAGCUGGGAGUGGAAGUGUAGCUUAAAGAGGCCAGAGCACCAGUCUUGGGUUAUAAAGCCAAGUGAGAAUGAAAGGUCCUUCAUUCAGGCCCCGGUAGCUAUGUAAACACACAAAGAUGAUUAGUUAUUAGUCUCAUAACUUGGAUAUUUUUCUGGAAAAUUGUUUGCCAAAAGUGAAAUUAAUCCUUUAGACAUUUUACAUUGUACCACUAAUUAUCAUGACUUUCUGUCUGGAUCUUCUAGGGAAGCACAUUUCUUUAUUCUUUUCCAUUUCUCCUUUUUAUAUUUUUACUUGGUAUGUAUAACAUACACAAUUAUAUAUUUUAUUUACUGAGAGUAGCCCAUUUAUAAAUCAAGAGCACAUUGUAUUCAGUAGGUUUUAACAGGGCUGGUCUAAAGUGGACUACUAUGUAUAUAAAUAUUAGGGAGAAAACAGAUGUAUACAUUUUGGGGCAAUGGUUGUGCAUAUUAUUAACCAGGAUAAAUUUUUGUUACAAAGCUAACAUUUAAAAUUUACGUAUCUGUUCUAUGUCAAUAAAAGCAAAUGUACUUUA